AUGUGGGGGCCCGGGCGUGGACUGCUGGGCGCAGCGCUAGCCGCGGUCUCUACCAAUGCCUACGUCACACGAGCAGAACCGAUCAAAGACCCAGCAAGUGCUACGGACAAGCAAAAAAUCGCAGACCUCGUCGCCCGAGCCAAGAAGGUCCUCGCUGACGGGAAAAUCGUUGCGCAGACAGCACCUCGUCAAGCGCAUGUCAGGGUUGAUCCGGGGGAGGAGACCAGAGCUAGAGCGAUCUUAGAUCGCUACUAUACCAUAUCUGCGGAGGCGGUGGCGGCCAACGUCACCACAACGGCAUCGAACAAAGAAUCAAAACCGCAGCCCUCAAAGAAAAAGAAACCUCGAACGCCGCCCAGUAGCAUUUUUGAGGACUUCGAUACAACUGCGAUUUCUGGGCCGUGUUGUAAGAGGUACGUCAUUUGUGGGGGCGGAACAGCCGCCUGGGCAGCAAUAGAAUCAAUGCUUGAGAUCGAUCCGUCAGUCGCGAAGGAUAUCCUGCUUAUUACGGAUGAAGAGCAUUAUCCGUAUAAUCGCACUGUGCUAUCGAAAGAGCUCUGGGAUGAUGACAAAAAGGAAUUGUUUCGAUCGGAACAAGCGUCAAAGGAUGCCGUUGAAUACGCCUACAAGGCACAGCCUCAAGGCAAGGUGUCAAUUAUUCGCGGAAAGCGCGUGUCCUUCUUAGACGUUGAUGAGAAGCGUCUCACCUUGUCCGAUAGUUCGAGCCUUCACUAUGACAAGCUCUUGCUGGCUACAGGGGGAUCGCCAAAGUCCCCGGGAUACAUCUCGGCUGCCCUAGCAUCACCGGAUCUUGCGGAGAAUGUUAGCGUCUUCAGGACUUUGGAAGACUACAAGCGGUUACAACAGGGUCUCAAAAAGAAGGAUUUGGGCGCUGUGGUUAUCGGCGGAGGCUUCUUGGGGACGGAACUGGCAAUAGCCCUGGCUUCGACGAGCCAGAAAGUAUCUCUAGUCGUUGCGGAGGCGGGUGUUUUGUACAAAGUAUUGCCGAGAUACGUUUGUGAGUAUCUUGCUCGUCGACUUUCAGAAGUUGGCGUUAAUGUCAUUCGAAGUGCAAUCGUGACUGGUGCGUCAAAGAAGCCAGGCACAGCAGAUGUCGUCACUCUUGAUAUCGUUAGCCCUGACGCCGAUCAUGUUGAAGGCAAUAAGAUCAUCGUAGCGGUUGGGAUUGAUCCUGACGUCAGCCUAGCCAUGGACGCCGACUUGGAGGUGGAUGAUAGGCUCGGAGGAAUUCGCGUAAACGACUUCAUGAUGGUAGAACCUGAUGUCUUCGCAGCUGGUGACGUUGCAUCAUUUCACGACAGAGGCCUCGGUCGUAGGCGAGUGGAACACUGGGAUCAUGCCGUUGUAAGUGGGCGAAUAGCCGGGAAGAAUAUGAUGGGACAGAAGGCCAGAUAUGGCCUUCAGUCAAUGUUUUGGAGUGAUUUGACAAACAUCGGAGUUUCGUUUACGGCAGUAGGACUCGUUGACUCCACGUUGGAGACCCUUGCGGUAUGGAACCUGUCAUCUGCACCAGUGAACGGCGCCCCUUCCGCAAACAGUUACACUUCUGGUGUGGUUUAUUUUGUGAAGAAUUUUGAGAUUGUUGGGGCUGUGCUAUGGAAUCCGAAGAAAGGCUCAGGGUCUCUGCGCAGAGCACGGGCGUUAAUAUCUGCCAAAACAAGCGUUUCUGGUCUGUCUCAAAAUACGCUGGCUGGCUUGGUUAAUCUAGAGGAAUCCUCCCAUCGGACGACGAUACGGACCAACACCAAGUGAAAGCGGAGUUUGAACAAAGGCAAUAUCCAAGCCUCUCGAAAGAUCAAUCAUGUCAACAUUAAUGUCAUGAGAAUGUUGAACGUGAGUGCUUUCGCUACUUGGGAAGGUAGCUUGAGAAGUUCCACGCAGUGCCGCCAAGGAACCAUGGGAGUGAGCUACAGUCGAAUGAGAUCGGAUCGUACGGCUUUCAAUCUCGGCUGAGGCUUUCAAUCUCGGCUGAGGCUCGCUGUGGACUACUGUGUCCAACUUGGUGAACUACAAGGCGAGAAAAGUAGAAAAAUAGAACGGUGGAGGAACCAAUGAAGCCUCAACCGGAGCCAGUCAUGUCCUCCGUUGUAUCUCACAGCAAUCCCGAAAGCAUUUAACGUCAGUCUGUGUGCCUGAAUAAAAUUUGUUUCUUGUUACCU